CCUCGGCCGUGUGUUCCUUUUUUACGCUCGAAGCCUUCGUCGAGUCGGGUGGUACCAUUGCGUUAUUCCUUCAGCCGGUCAGUCAGUCCGUGUAAGUCCGUGCUUUAGGGUGUGUGUUGUGCGCUUAGUUGUCGCGACCGGAGUUGGGGUAAAAGGAACUGGAAACUCUGCAAGAAUCAUCGCUAUUUUCCGAGCUAUUUUUUUGUUGGAUUGUUGAUGCAACUUUGUGUAACAAUCAUCGAAAGCAGACUGCAAAUUAAUUAAUUUUCUUCAGAGCUUUGAUUUCAUGAUUCAACAAUUAAAUUGAGUAGUUCCAGCGAAUCAAUACCGGAAAAGUGAGUUUGACUAGUGCUACAGCAUAAAUUGAACAAGUUUCCCUAGGAGAACCUCUUGAAGUGUGUGAUUUCGCUCUCGAUUCAAUCGAACUCAAUUUCUUCCGGAAGCUUUGUGAAGGGUAGCUCCCAAGUUUUGCACGUGUAAUUGACUGAAUAAGUGUUGGUAGUGAACAGAAAAAAACAAGCCAAGGAAGAACAAGUGGAAAUCUUCGACCGAAAGGACCCCAGCGGAAGAAAAAGGAACCUACACUCGUGAACCAUGUCGGCCUGGAACUACCAUCCAUCACUGUCGGAGGAGGAACGUGACGAAUACAAUGAUGGAUCAGUUCGGCUUCGGAACCCCAACAUCGAACUCAUGGACCAGGACAUUCUGUACCAUCUGGCACUGGGCAGCGGCAGCCAUGAUCUGGUGGAGAUGUUUGGCGAUGUUAAGUUUGUCUGCAUGGGCGGCACCCCGAAGCGCAUGGAGAACUUUGCACACUUCAUCAUGGACGAGAUCGGCUACAAGCUGCCCGCCGGAACCCAGCUGCAGGACAUCAGCGCGUUCUCGUACCGGUACUCGAUGUACAAGGUCGGUCCAGUGCUGUCCAUCAGCCACGGCAUGGGCGUGCCCUCGCUCGGUAUUUUGCUGCACGAGAUGAUCAAGCUGAUGUACCACGCCAAGUGCAAGAACCCGAUCUUCAUGCGGAUCGGAACGUGCGGCGGAAUCGGCGUCGAGGGCGGCACCGUCGUCAUCACCGAGGACGCCGUCGACGGGCUGCUGCGGAGUACCCACGAGCUGGCUGUCCUGGGUAAAAUUGUCCACCGUCCAGCUAUUCUAGACAAACGACUAGUGCGGGAGCUGAAAUCGCUUGCCUCACAGGAUGACCCAUACGACACGAUCGUCGGCAAGACCAUGUGCACAUCGGACUUUUACGAAGGCCAAGGUCGCCUGGACGGUGCGUUCUGCGAGUUUAGCGAGACGGAAAAGAUGGAGUACCUCGAGAAGCUGCACGACUUUGGCGUCGUGAACAUCGAGAUGGAGUGCACCAUCUUCGCGGCGCUCACGCACUACGCCGGCAUCAAGGCGGCGAUCGUGUGCGUCACGCUGCUGGACCGGCUCAAGGGUGAUCAGGUGAUGUCGCCGAAGGAGGUCAUGAACGAGUGGCAGCAGCGGCCGCAGAUUCUCGUGUCGCGGUUGAUCCGCAAACACCUGGCCCAGGCCGGCCACCUCAAAGCGCUUGCGUCCCUGCCCAGUGCGAUCAAGUCGCCGCGGCGUUUCAAGCUGGUCCAGCAGGAGUCGGAAGCGCACGAGUAAGCGUGAAGGGGCAGACGACUUCCACACAGACAAGCAAGUAUAUUUACACAAACUCAUAUAAAAUUAACAAAAAUUGCCUGGCCGUGCCAUGGCGCAAGCUUUGGCCUGGUGUUCGUUACUUAGAAGAAACAAAAAGACAAGUUUUCGUCGGGAUACGAAGCAGUAGAUUAGGUGUGAGGGCAACACCCCUCCACCCUCCCGCUGAAUGCACAUUCCAGUUAGCAAACAUUCGUUCUAACCUAAAAAAUAAUUGCGGCCUGGCAAAUAUCGAACCGGGAAGAAAGCAGAAGGUAUCGUGAUAUUGCAAGCUUAGCCUAACUAGAACAAUAUUUCACCGUAAAUGAAUCGAUGGUUGGUUUAUUUUGACUUACGUUCAAUAAAUGACGUUUUCAACCAUAAA